UUGGCGUCAAGGUGUUGAUAUGGUCCGCUCGCUCCAGACACAAUUAUUUUUAAGUUUUUUCGCACAGUCGUACGCGACGCGCGCCCCACACAGAGAAUGUAUAUGUAUGUAUACUAGAGUCCGCUCGAUUUCGCAAAGACGCACACACGCCAUUGCAGUUUCUAGUUUCUUCACCUUCCCUUCGUGUCUCUCUGCUGACUCGCUCACUCUUUCUCUGUCUGCACCUCUCUCUCUCUCUCUCUCUCUCUGAACUUGUCCCCCCCUCUCUCUGAUCGCUUGUCUUUUCUGUGAGCUCGGAAGGCUGGCUAAGUCGAGUGGCUGCAUGAGACGUGCAUUUUUUCUUUGCACAAGGGCUGAAGAUUCUAAUAAUGGCUUCAAGAGGAAUCUUGCAAAGGAAAAGAAGCCUCUUCAAUUCCCUGAAUCAAUCCACUUGCUUGAUUCGAGGUUUUCGAAAUUUUGAGCUACUAAGGACAUCCUCAUCUGAUGUAUUAUUGAAUUCAAGCUGGGUUGCAAAUCAUCCAUUUGCAGCUACUAAUUGUAGAAAUGAAGGAGGUUUCUCUUCAGUCAACAAGGAUGGAUUACCUGGUCUUUUAUUAACAGGAUUUCCUAGGCAUAACUCCUUUGAAAUUUCAACUUUUGGUAAUGGAAUUGGAAGGGUGGGUUUCGUUCCCUCUUUGGGAGUUCAUUGGAUUUCACAAUCUGUUCGCUUUGCUUCAGCAGCCCCAGUGGGUCAACCUGAAACAACUAGUGGUAAUGAUGAAAAUGAACAAAGGGUUUCUAAAAGGGUAAAGGAAGCUUCACCGGAGGAGUGUGACCAAGCAGUUGAAGGUUUGAGUACAGUUAAAGCCAAAGCAAAAGCUAAGCAAAUGCAAGAACCCCAAAAGAAUGUUGAAUCUAUUAUGAAGACAAUAUGGACAAAACUUCUGGGAAUUGGUCCUGCUUUGAGAGCUGUUGCCUCCAUGAGCAGGGAGGACUGGGCUAGGAAGUUUCGCCAUUGGAUGGAUGAAUUUAAGUCUACAUUGCAGCACUAUUGGUUGGGUACAAAACUACUUUGGGCCGAUAUUCGGAUCAGCUCAAGGUUAACAUUGAAGCUUGCAAAAGGGAAGACACUUUCUAGAAGGGAGAGACAACAACUCACACGCACCACAGCUGAUAUUUUCAGGCUUGUUCCUUUUGCAGUUUUUAUUAUAGUUCCAUUCAUGGAGUUCUUGCUGCCAGUAUUCCUGAGAUUAUUUCCCAACAUGUUGCCAUCAACCUUCCAGGACAAGAUGAAAGAAGAGGAGGCAUUGAAAAGGAGGCUAAACGCAAGACUAGAAUAUGCAAAGUUUCUUCAGGACACAGUGAAAGAAAUGGCGAAGGAAAUCCAAAUCUCGCGAAGUGGAGAAAUUAAGAAGACAGCAGAAGAUCUUGAUGAAUUUAUCAAUAAGCUGAGAAAAGGUGCCAGUUGUUCCAAUGAUGAAAUUUUAGGCUUUGCCAAGUUAUUCAAUGAUGAGCUUACUUUGGAUAACAUCAGCAGGCCUCGGUUAGUUAACAUGUGCAAAUAUAUGGGUAUCAGCUCAUAUGGAACUGAUGCGUAUCUGCGAUUUAUGCUUCGGAAAAGACUACAACAGAUCAAGAAUGAUGAUAAGUUGAUUCAGGCUGAGGGCGUGGAGUCCCUUUCAGAAGCUGAACUUCGACAUGCCUGUAGAGAACGAGGAAUGCUCGACUUAUCUUCAGUGGAGGAAAUGCGUCAACAGCUGCGUGAUUGGUUGGAUUUGUCUCUCAAUCACUCUCUUCCAUCUUCCCUCCUGAUUCUUUCUAGAGCCUUCUCUACGUCUGGUAAAAAGCCAGAGGAAGUUGUUCAAGAGGCAAUCUCGUCUCUACCAGAUGAGGUUGUGGAUACUGUUCAAGUAACAACCUUGCCAUCAGAGGAUACUGUUUCAGAAAGGAGGAGGAAAUUGGAGUUCCUAGAAAUGCAGGAAGAAAUGAUCAAGGAGGAGGAAGAGGAAGAAGAGGAGGAGCAGGCCAAGAUGAAGGAAUCUGCUGGCAGCCAAAAGGAUGUGGCUUUGGAAGAGAUGGCUGCUGCCAUGGCUAGAGAAGCACGGGAACAGGCGAGAAUGAAAACAUUGGAGAAAGUGGAGGAGCUUUGUGAGCUCAGUCGUGCACUAGCUGUUUUGGCUUCAGCAUCUUCAGUGAGCAGGGAGCGCGAAGAGUUCUUGCAACUUGUCAAAAAGGAGAUAGAAUUGUAUAACAGCAUGGUGGAGAAAGAGGGUACAGAUGGUGAAGUAGAAGCUAAGAAGGCGUACAAAGCUGCCCGGGAAGAUGGUGAUCAUGUUGCCGAGACUGCUGCAGAUCACAAGGUUUCUUCGGCACUUAUAGAAAGGGUUGAUGGUAUGCUCCACAAGCUUGAAAAGGAAAUUGAUGAUGUUGAUGCAAAAAUUGGAGACCGUUGGCGGUUGCUUGAUAGGGAUUAUGAUGGGAAAGUGACACCUGAGGAGGUUGCAUCUGCUGCGAUGUACCUUAAGGACACUUUGGGUAAGGAGGGCAUUCAAGAACUUAUCAGCAAUCUUUCCAAGGAUAAAGAAGGAAAGAUACUGGUUGAAGAUAUCGUCAAACUAGGCAGCGAAACGGAAGAUAUUGAAUCUUCUGAAGCAGGAAAAUCAUAGAGGAUAUAUACACAAUUUAAGUUAAUCCAAGUUUUAUAUUUGUGAAUGAAAUGGCCGUUCAUUUAGAGAAUACAUUCUACUUGGAUACUCAGCUCCGCUCUCAAUAUCUGUGAGAUGAUGAUCCUAUGCCCACCUUGAACCAAAGGAAAAAGAUCAGGGAUUCUUUGUAGUUGUAGCAGAAGGAAGAAGGGAUGCAUCCCUUGUUGCCGCAAAAUCAAUAUAUAUAUAUAUAUAUAUAUAUAUAUAUAAAUAAAUGGAGAAUGAGUGUGUAUCCACA